UUGUGCGCCACACAGAUACAAACUAAACGGACAUUGGAGCAGCAGCACAGGGACUAUCCUGCUGCAACUCUCCCGUCUCUCCUACUCUGAAAAGUAAACUAAAUCUGAUCCAGCUGUUUGCUGUUCGUUGGGCUUUUUACGGAAACCUGAGUGGAAUACAGCCUGAAACUUCCCCGUCGCGUGGACCACAAACAAAGCUGAGGUUACUUGAGUUUGCUCUGGAGGAUACUGCUACAGCGUUGUGAGGAAGCUGGCUACCUUCCCAACGCUGACUGUGCUGAGGCUGAUUCAUCCUCAAGAUGAAACCUGAGCUGAAGGACCAGAAUGGCUGCAUGCAAUAAACACCUGGAAAUAUACUUUCUUUGAUAACAUAUCACACACUUGCCAAAAAACUUUGGAAGGAACUCUCCCCAACGCCUACAAAGCCCAGUUUGAUUUCCAUCUGAGGAUAAUUAAAAGACUGCCAUCAUGCCUAUUCUCAAGCAGCUGGUGAACAACUCUAACCAGUCAAAGCGGAGGUCUCGGGCUGACCUGACUGCAGAGAUGAUCAGUGCUCCAUUGGGGGACUUCCGUCACACCAUGCACGUCGGCCGAGGAGGCGAUGCCUUUGGGGACACUUCGUUCCUAAGCACCAGAUCAGGAGAACCUCCCAAAGAGCCAGAAACAAAGCAUGGCUCACCAGGUCCCAAACCGGGGCUGCUAUCCCGCACCUUCAGAAGCAGCAAGCGGUCUCAAUCUGUAAACCGAGGGGACAAGUAUGAGUACAACACAACGGGGCCUUCUGCCGGCUCUUCUCAGUUUGUGAAAAACGCCAUAUCCCUGCCUUACCUAAACGACGAGAGCUGUAACAGCAGCAACCAGCUGCCGAAGAGUGUUUCCUCAAGCCCGAUGAAGACGCUGACAGAGAUCGAAGGGAAGCCGAUAAACGGUGCAACUGCAAUGGCAUCGCGGGAUGUGGAGUUUGAUGAGCGUAACUUUGGGGAACUUACGGAUUUGCCUCCAUCUGUGCCUAAAUCAGGCGGGAUGAAGCAUGCAGAGUCUAUGAUGUCCUUCCAUAUUGACUUGGGGCCCUCCAUGCUCGGGGAUAUCUUGAGUGUGAUGGAAAAGAAAAGCUGGGAGGAUGACGACCUGGGCUAUGAGGAAGGUAAAGGCAGCGAGGGCCAUGCAUCCCCUUCCUAUAUUCCCCACAUCGAUGAUGACGAUGACGCAGAGGAGCGGGCCCCUGCAAGGCCACCUCGAAGCACAUACCAGCACAAGGCCAUGGUGGAUCCCUACACCCCGGAGCUGCAUGCAAGGAACAACCACCACAACACGGAUAGCUGCUCUGUGUCCAGCUCAGGCUCGGAUAAACCUCAGUACCACCUCCACGACGGCGACACGGACAGUGCAAAGUACAGCUCGCCCCGUGGAGAAGAUGACAGAGAUUUCACCUUCAUGGAUGAGGAUGACGACGAGAUUCGAGUGUAGACUGAGCAAAUAUUGCUGCCAUGAAUGGUUUUCGAGGGCGCUAAAUGAGAGCCAGUUUUUAGGGGUUAUCACAAGCUGGGGAAUCAGGGCCACGUGAGGUUUGUUAUUGUAGAUCGAUCUAAUAUCAGUACACCUGGAUCAACAUCAUAAAUAAAACCAAUUAAGCCUUUUUCACUGUGCUUUAGAAAGGAGACAUGAGCUCUGCUUGAGCGCAGACGGCUCAAUAAAUACCUGUCUGGAUAUGUUUGGGUUGGUUGAUGCAAUUCUUGCAACAUCUGAACUCUGAACACAUUAUUUUUGGUUUUUACAGAAGUUCAAAAUAAUACUGGCUCCCACGUUCAGACCCUUAACCAAGAAGGAAAAUCAGUGGAAAUCAUUCACUUUUUAAGAAGAUUUAAAAAGUCAGAGAGAGAUUAAAGAAAGGAUGUUGGGAUUGGACGUUAGACUCUGAGGUCAAAGUGUAAGAAAAGGUUUGUAAUCAGCAUGAGUGGGAAUGAUCAUGGAGCCAGUGACACUGUUUUGAGAUACACUCUAAACAGUUCUAGUUAUUACUUUUAUCUGUCUAAGUUUAAGGAUGAUUUAUGCCAUUUUUACAUUGUUGUGUGUACAUACAGUAUCUUUAAGUUGGUCUACAGUAGCCUAUUGUAUUUGAGUUUGGUAGUACAUUAUUUUUGGGAAGAUCUAUAUUCUUAAAAUUCCCAUGUAGCUGUGAUAUUUAUUCAUUCAUUAUCAUAAGGGAUGGAUCAGUCUUAAUGUAAACUGCAAAGUCUUAAAAGGUUUGAUUGGUGGGCUUUUGAUCUUUGUCACUACAGAAAUUUAACGGUACUACAGAGCGAUCCUUUGCAUCGAAGCUGUCGUUAUGACACGGAGCAGGGAACUUGAGAAGACAUGAAAUGUGUAAAUCACAUCACUCCUGCUGAAGACAAUGUGAAUUGUCAAAAAAAGGCCUUUUUGUAUGUGUUCCUUGGUACUUUUAUAAAAGAAGACAGAAAUGAUGAUUUUGCAAGCGAUAAUGAAUGUUGUCUCACCUGUAGUUAUAAAGGAGGUUGGUAAUAUUAGCAGGUUAGCGGAGAGAUGUACUGAAGCGAGUAUCUACAGUAAAAUUAUAACAGGCAUUUAACUGUCCAGCAUAGGAGCCUGGGCUCAUCUUUAAGUGGAGAAAGAGGAUCUAACAACAUGUACAAGUGUUAUUAGAGCAGAGCGACUUAAUAAAAGGACAUGUCUCAGAUCCCUGGGAAUAGAAUAAAUUUUCUGACCCCCAAGGUGAUAAUAUUCACCUUCUCUUCACAUCCCAGAUCACAUAGUAGGAACAGAUGAUUAAAUCAACCAAUCAUCUGGCCUCGACCAGUCUGUUCAUUAAAUGUGUUAGAUUACCGUCCCACCAACCAGCUGGGACUGCUUCAGAACCAGCAGGGUUGGGAACAGAAAGGUGGGCUUUCUCCUUGGAUUUUUUUAAUCUUAUUUUUGUGUGUGUGUCUUUAGUCAGCUUUUACCACACACUUACUCACUAGGUGGCUUUCAGGUGUAAAUGAAAGAGAAAUGUACUUUCACUAUAUCCAUAUUCUUUUUUUAACAUUUGAUAAAUGGGAGUUUUGACUCCUGUUGUAGUUUCCUGUCGCUGAUGCAGGGGUUUGUACAGAGAAUCGGGAUGCUGUGCCAUUCUGCCUCGAGCUGUUGUGUUGGAACAACGAACGAGCUGCGAGAAGUUUGGGAGUUAAAACCUGUCUGGAGGAAACUGCCAAGUAUAUGUUAACCGAAUUAGAGCCUGACUGAUACGGAUGUUCAGGGCGGAAGCAGACAUUAAAUUGUAGCUAGUAAAGGAAAAUAAAUAUUUCAAUAUCUGCUGAUAUUCUAGAGACAAAUGCAAACAUUAUAGAUGUAUGAUUUUGUAAGGAAAAGGGAAACUGGUGGGAUUAUUGUUUAAUGUUCUGUUCUACACACCUGCAACAUGCACUCUGCUACAUGUUGCAGGCAGAGCUGAAAGUAAUGUUUAUAAGAGUUAGGGUGGACUCUUAUUUUAUAGCAUAAUCUAUUUUAGGUUAUUUCAUAUCUGCACUACAUGGGAGCAUUAUCCACACUGCAUCAGUCAGGCUCUGAGCUUUCCUAUCAGGAAAAUGUUUGCUUGGAUAUGCUGUUUUCAGCAUUUGUGCGAACCUCUUUCAUAUUUUCAUAAUCUGGGGAAAAUCUCGAUGUUUUCUACUGGGGCUGAUCUAGCUCCUCACUUUCAGUAUCAAGAAGCUAACUUUUUUUAAAAAUAUAUAUUUUUUAAAAGACAGAAGAAACACUCCUUAUGUGCUGUUAUUUUAAUGAUGGUAUUAUAUCUAGUACCAUGGGCGAUUCCAGUGAACAAUGUUUGUUAUCAGCAGUGCGAGUGGUGGGAGUCAGAGGAAUGUUGGCAGUUUUAAUAAAAAGCAUAUUUGUGGUCAAAUUGUACGUUAACAGCCAAUCUAAGUCACCAGAGCUUAAAUUUAAGGUAAUUGGAGAAAUAUGAAAAGUAUACUAAAUUACACUGAAAGACUUUGUAAUUGUUGUGUCUGGCGUUUGUUGUCGCUCUGUGGGGAAACUCCUUAGUAGGCCAGAAUAAACCAUUUGACGAAUGUACAAAUACCGUCUGCCCCAAGGUCUGCUUUAAGUUUUCCAUUCUCUGAAAGCAGUGGUUUGGUGAGUGGUGAGAAAAAAAAAAAAGAUAAGGACUGCAAAAAUCCAACCGGCUCAAAGUUCAGCUGUAGAAUAUUUUUUAUCUUUUUUUUUCUAUACUGUGGCUUUAGUGUUAUGCCGAGUAUGUACUGUUUUUGUUUCCUCUUCCAUCUUUUGGUUUCACAGUUUAUUAAUAUAUUUACCUCCUUCACCUUUCUUUCUUUGGAAUAACGACUAUAUUUUUCAAUAAAAGAGAAAGCUGGUAAUCUUUAA